GACGUUUCCAUCCUGUCAACAUCUGUGAUAUAAAAGCCGUCGUCGGCACUGGUGGGAAGAUGCUUCAUCAACGGCAUCAAAGAUAUCGCUUCAAUCAUAACUUCAAUGGCACACUCGUCGAUGAGAGAUAUGGAGACGCCGGAUCACAGCCCAAGCAACAUCGCCUCAUCAACACCAGCGACUUCAAUCAUGGGAGACAUUCAUGAACUGGAUAACAACUCAAGCAGCAUUGCCUCAUCGACACCGGCAACUUCGAUAAUGGGAGACAGUGAGAAGUUGGACCACAGCUCAAGCAGCAUCGCCUCAUCAACACCUCCGACUCCCAUCGUUGUUGAUCUGGAAGAGCACUCGCCCGGCUACGACGCCCCAGCCGCCCAAAAAUGGCUCGUGGUCUUUACGACCAGCUUCCUGACGUUGACUGCAUGCUUCAGCAGUACCUCACUGCUUGCGGCAGCGGAUCAGAUCGCCGAAGAGUUCGGCACGCAAGCGAACACGAUCAACUAUUCCAGUGCGGGAUUGCUUUUCGCCAUGGGUCUUUCAAGCUUUGUUUGGGGACCGAUCAUUCCGCUCUGCGGACGAUUGUACGCAUGGAACGCCUGUAUCAUUGCUCUGCUAGGCUGGACACUGGCUGCCAGCUUCGCUCCAAAUCUCGAAACAUUCAUCCUCUUCCGAGUCCUAUCCGGCUUUCAAGGCACGUUCUUCCACGUCACUGGACAAGCCAUCAUUGCCGAAUACUUCCCGCCAGUCCGACGAGGCGCUGCGACUGGAUUGUUUCUCUGCGGCCCAGUCUUGGGCCCGCCUCUCGGACCACUGGUCGCUGGAGUCAUUACGACAUACACCACCUGGCGAGUCGUCCUAUGGGUUCAGUCUGGGAUGGUAGCACUGGGCUUGAUCCUAUCCCUGAUCUUCCUACAGAAGGGAGGCAAAGCAGCCACUCUGAAGCAUCCGUCGAUCCGAGACCUGCUUCACAUCUGGAACCCGAUCAGGAUAAUUUCGCUCAUGCGAUACCCUAAUUUGCUGCUCACCAAUGUGGCCUGCGCACUAGUCAGCUGGUCUGGCUACGCACUCAUGUCGUCCCCGGGGCAUCUCUUAAGGACGCAAUACAACUUGAACUCCCCAACACUCGUCGGACUAUUCUACCUAUCACCAGCUGGAGGUUUUCUGGCCGGCAGCGUCCUUGGCGGCUUUUCCUCAGAUCGCAGUGUCAAAUUGUGGAUCGAGCAACGCGGCGGCAUUCGGCUUCCUCAAGAUAGGUUACGUUCUGGCUUUCUCAGCUGGUUCGUAAUCAUCCCAUUGGCGUCACUGCUAUUUGGAUGGGGACUGGACCGGCAUGUUGGCGGUCUGGCGUUGCCGAUCGUGAGUGCCUUCUUCGCAUCGGCCGCACUACUAGAGGCGUUUGCUGGUCUGGCCACGUAUUGUGCGGAAGUCAUGCCUUUGAAUCGGCAGGAAGCCAUCGCGAGCAAAUACAUUGUACAGUACACCGGCUCGGCUCUCGCGACGAUGUUUACCGGUCCGAUAGUCGACACGAUUGGGGUUGGAUUACAGAGCUCCAUCAGUGCGUUUCUCGGCUGCGCAGCUGGUGGGCUGUGCGUGUUGGUGGCACUCUACGGAGUCAACAUGCAGGACUGGGUGCACAGGCGCUGGCCAGCGAAAGCGAUGAUGCCCAGAAACGAGGAAGAUCUUGGUGAUGGUGCGUCGUUGGAUCAUGUGGAGCCUGUGCUGGAGAAGAACUUUCAGCUCAGAUUAAAUGCUGCGCUACCUUGUCCGCCGCGAGGAGCUCUUCUCUUGGUCUAG